UGUAGCGUACCAGCGUGUGCGUGCGUGCGUGUGUGUGUAUGUGUGGCUGUGUGUGCGAGUGUGCACAUGUGUUUGAGUGUGUAAGAAGGACGGAACGAAGAACCCAGCGAUGGCCGCCAAUAAAGGUAAAAACCAGAGCUCUCUGGCCCUGCACAAGGUGAUCAUGGUGGGGAGCGGAGGCGUCGGCAAGUCGGCGCUCACGCUGCAGUUCAUGUAUGACGAGUUUGUCGAGGACUAUGAGCCCACCAAGGCAGACAGCUACAGGAAGAAGGUCGUGCUGGAUGGGGAGGAAGUCCAGAUCGACAUCCUGGACACAGCUGGCCAGGAGGACUAUGCCGCUAUCAGGGAUAAUUAUUUUCGCAGCGGGGAGGGCUUCCUGCUGGUGUUCUCCAUCACAGAGCACGAGUCCUUCAGCGCCACUGAUGAGUUCAGGGAGCAGAUCCUGCGGGUGAAGGCGGAGGAGGACAAGAUCCCUCUCCUGCUGGUCGGGAACAAGUCGGACCUGGAGGAUCGUCGGCAGGUGUCCGUGGACGAGGCGCGCGGGAAGGCUGAGGAGUGGGGGGUCCAGUAUGUCGAGACGUCCGCCAAAACCAGAGCCAACGUGGAUAAGGUUUUCUUUGACCUUAUGCGUGAGGUGCGUGGCAAGAAAAUGACUGAAAACAAGGACAAAAACGGUAAAGGAAAGAACAAGAAGAGUAAGAAGAGUUUCAGAGAGAGAUGCUGUUUACUCUGAGCUCUUCAUGGACCUAAAUAAAAGCCACAACACACAACUGUAUCGCUGGGGAACAAAGCAGAUGUCUUUCAUUGUCAUUUAAAUGGAGAAUUGAUAAUUAUUUUUGUAAUAGCUUGUGAUAGAUUAGUGUCUACAGUAACCUCAACCACUUUGUUGCAAAUUGUACUUACCGAAACUCGGAUUUUGUUCGGGUGGGGGAGGGGGGGGGGUCUUCCUGGAAGAUGACCACUGUCGUUACUGUGACUCGGACUGCAGUGCUUGAUGGCUCACACUAAGCUAAUGACCAAACUGCCAGUGACACUAACUAUGCUGCUCAAGAAAUUCUCCACCGUUUUAACGCAGAAAUAUUGUCUUACUUUUUACGCUAAUUAAACAACAGGUCUAAUUUCUCAAGCCACUCUUAACCAUAAUAUGCACAUACAUGUUUUCUGUGAGCGCAGAAGACUUCUUUCUGUUAUCAAACUACAAGGAACUGUAACGCUGCUGUUCGUCAUGUGUGUCCAUUCAUGGCGUUGGUGAAGAUUCGUCCAGGUCAUGAUCAA